UGUUAUGGUUUGGUAUUAUAAAUAGGCCCGAAUCUUCAAAACCCUAGCAAAGCGACUCUCUCUACUCGUCCUCAUUUCUCUCUCUCGCUUCAGCUCUCUUUCUCGAUAACUUCAUCAAGAUGAAGAUCAUCGCCGCUUACUUGUUAGCCGUUUUGGGUGGAAACGCUGCUCCUUCCGCCACUGAUUUGAAAAAAAUUCUCGGUUCAGUUGGAAUUGAGGCAGAGGAUGAGAAGAUUAGCUUCCUCUUGUCUGAGGUUAAGGGCAAAGAUCUCACUGAGCUAAUUGCAUCUGGAAGGGAGAAGCUAGCUUCAGUCCCAUCUGGUGGUGGUGGUGGUGCUGUUGCUUACUCUGCACCCACAGGUGGAGCCGCUGCCCCAGCUGCUGCAGCCGAGUCAAAGAAGGAAGAGAAGGUGGAAGAGAAGGAAGAAUCAGAUGAUGAUAUGGGUUUCAGUCUCUUCGACUAAAAGCUUUGAUAUGAAGAUUUUGAGGUUUUGUUAUUGGAAUUUUGUUUUAUUUUUAGAUGUUUAGAGGAGGAAGCAAUGUUGUAACACUUAAGGGAUAAUUUAUCUUGAAUUUGUUUCCUCUGCAUAUUUUUCCUCAGCUUAAGCUUAAUAUUUGUAACAUUGCAAUUGUGCCAUUUAGUGUUUUAUUUUAUUCCUGAUUUUAGUCU